AUGUCUGUGUCCGAGUCUGAACUGUCGGAAGCGUCCAAAAGUCCUACACCUCCGGACCAUGAACUCGAGGACGCCCUCAGACGCGCAGUCAUUAAGGCGCAGAAAGAUGAAGUUGACUUCUCUUACAAGUAUAUACGCACAGCGGCGGAAGGGGAGUUAGGCUUGACGCCCGGUUUCUUCAAGAGCCACGAGAAGUGGAAUCAACUCAGUAAACAGGUCAUUGAGGAGCAGAUGGAAAGCGAACCAGCGUCACAGAGCCCACCUCCGAAGUCGAAGGCUGCAGAACCGAGAAAGAAGUCUGUAAAGCGCAAAUCUGCCGAGAGAGAACCUGCGCCGAAGAAGAGGCAGAAGACCGCGAAGCAAACCGCUGACCAAGAUGUUUCUGAAGAUUUGUCGUCACCUCGAAGCGACCUUGGUUCAGAGCUUGAGGAGGGAGAUGAAGAGGAGCCCAAGAAGAAGCAAGGCAAAGCUCCCGCGAAGGCUCGCGCGGCCAAGUCGAAGCCUGUGAAGGGCAGGAAUAUAAAGGCUACAGUAUCCGCGGACGACGAAGACGACGAGGAGAAAGAGGAAAAUGGUGCUACCGAAGCAGAUUCGACUGAAUCUGCAGAAGAGACAAAAUCGGCUAGCAAACCCGCUAUUACUGACGCCUCGGACAGCGAACUGUCAGUGCUAAUAGACGACAUGCCUCCGCCCAAGAAGCGCAGACAGAAAGACUCGUCCGGCUCGAAACCCAACAAGACCACGACCAAAUCCUCCACAAAGGCUAAAUCUGAGGCAGACGAUCCCGACCAAGUCGAAAUCAAGCGCCUGCAAGGCUGGCUGGUGAAAUGUGGCAUCAGAAAACUUUGGGGUAAAGAGCUCAAGCCCUACGAAACUCCCAAAGCCAAGAUCAAGCAUCUGAAAGGCAUGCUCGCCGACGUUGGCAUGACUGGUCGAUAUUCACUCGAAAAGGCCAACCAGAUCAAGGAGGCGAGAGAACUGGCAGCCGAUAUCGAAGCAGUGCAAGAGGGGGCGGAACGAUGGGGAGCUGCAGAGGAUGAGGAGGGUAAUCGAGGUGAUAAAGACGCCGAUUCCAAGCCACAACCCGGUGCGAGGAGGUUAGUCCGAGGCGCGCGGAACUACGACUUUCUGAGCAGUGAUGGCGAAGAGACGGACUGA